AUGACUGUACAUCUGUUUGGAGCAGCGUCGUCGCCCAGCUGCGCAAACCUAGCGCUUAAGAAAACUGCAACGGAUAGUCGUGAUGAGUACAAUUCAACCGUCACGAAUACAGUCGUUAGGAACUUCUACGUCGACGACUGUCUCAAGUUUGUCUCCGAGGAGGACGAAGCUAUGAUCCUUGCACACAGUCUGAGGAAACUGCUGAAAGAUAGAGGAUGGAAACUGACGAAGUUCGUGAACACUAGCCAGAAGCUCUUGGAGUCGAUAUCUCCCGAGGAAAGAGCAAAGGAAAUAAGGGAAUUGGAUUUCGAUAGAGAAACCCUACCAGCCGAGAGGGCUCUCGGAGUGUAUUGGACAGUAGAAGAAGACACUCUGGGGUUCAGGACAGAUGUCACAAAAAUAUUACUCAAUAGCUCAGAAGCUCAGCUGCAGGUCCAUCAAUAA